GGAGGCUGGGGCCGGACCCAAGUGGGUGAGGCUGGCCCGGGGACAGGGAUGCGAGUGGGUUGAGGACAGCUCGCGAGGGAGACGGUUCCAGGGGUGGGCUGGAGGGUGCCCUCAGGGCGCCUUAGCCUGGUCAGAGGCCUCUGGAGGGACCGGACGACGGCUCCGAGAGUAACCCGGCCGGAGGGAGCGGAGACAAAGAGGCCGGAACCCUGCACCCGCCGCACCUAGAGCUGAGCCCUGCGCCCGCGACCCCGCAGCGCUCGGAGCCCUCGUCUAGCACCCGAGCUCGUCCUCAGGAAACCCAUUCCUACUACUGCCCACUCGGACUACCUCUCUCCAACUCAGUGUGACUCUCCCCAAGCCCACCCGUUCCUCGCUUCAGGAGGCAAAAUCAACUUCUCUCCGUGCGCGAGGUUUCCCGAAGAAACUCCUCUUAUAGAGGAGAGACACUCAUCUGCAGGUGAUUCUCCAAGGACAUGGGAAGAUAGGUGUAAGCCCUGGAACCCAGACCCUUAAGUGGAGGGAAGCUGCUUUCUGCUGUGAAUGAUGGCCAAACCCACCCUGAGAGGGAAUGGCACUAACUCUGAGACCUUCAGACAGCGCUUCAGGAGAUUCCAUUACCAGGAGGUGGCUGGGCCCCGGGAGGCUUUCAGCCAACUCUGGGAACUUUGCUGUCGGUGGCUAAGGCCGGAGGUGCGCACCAAGGAGCAGAUUGUAGAAUUGUUGGUGCUAGAGCAGUUCCUGACCAUCUUACCUGGGGAGAUCCAGAAUUGGGUACAGGAGCAAUGUCCAGAAAGUGGAGAGGAGGCAGUGACUCUGGUGGAAGAUUUAGAAAGAGAGCCUGGAAGACCUGGAUAUUCGGUCACAGUCUCUGUGAAGGGGCAGGAAGUGCGCUCGGAGAAGAUGACACCCCUGAAAUCAUCACGAGAGUUAUUAAGUGUUCGGCAGGAGUCAGUGGAACCCCAGCCCAGGGGUGUACCCAAGAAAGAGAGGGCAAGAAGCCCAGACCUGGGACCACAGGAGCAGAUGACCCCAAAGGAGAAGCUCAGACCUUUUCAAAGGAGCGGAUUUCCAUUUCCUAAAUCCGGUGUGGUCUCCAGAUUGGAGCAAGGAGAGCCAUGGAUCCCAGAUCUGCUGGGCUCCAAGGAGAAAAAACUCCCGAGAGGCAGCCACACAGGAGAUAAACGAGUGCAUGCUGAUCUGUUACCAUCCAAAAGAGAGAGAAGAAGCUGGGUAGAACAAGAUCACUGGGGCUUUGAGGAUGAGAAAGUGGCAGGUGUGCACUGGGGCUAUGAAGAGACCAGAACUCUCCUCGCAAUUCUCAGCCAGACUGAGUUUUAUGAGGCUCUCCGAAACUGUCAUCGAAACAGCCAAGUGUAUGGGGCUGUGGCUGAGCGGCUCCGGGAGUAUGGCUUCCUCCGGACCCUGGAACAGUGUCGGACCAAGUUCAAAGGUCUCCAGAAGAGCUAUCGGAAAAUCAAGAGUGGCCACCCACCUGAGACCUGUCCCUUCUUUGAAGAGAUGGAAGCCCUGAUGAGUGCCCAGGUCAUUGCCCUGCCCAGUAAUGGCCUGGAAGAGGCAGCCUGUCACUCUGGACUGGUGGGCAGUGAUGCUGAGACUGAGGAGCCAGAGCAGGGGGGCUGGCAGCAUGAGGAGGGAGCAGAAGAGGCUGUGGCCGAGGAGUCUGACAGUGAUGAAGUGGAUCUGGAGGGGCCCCCGCAGGACCCUGACAACUCAUCUGCACCUGUCCUGUUUAGAAGCCCAAGUGGUGUACACUGGGGCUAUGAAGAGACCAAGACUUACCUUGCAAUUCUUAGUGAGACUCAGUUUUACGAAGCCCUCCGAAACUGUCACCGCAACAGCCAGCUGUAUGGAGCAGUGGCUGAGAGGUUAUGGGAAUAUGGCUUCCUUAGGACCCCGGAGCAGUGUCGGACCAAGUUUAAAAGCCUACAAACCAGCUACCGGAAAGUCAAGAAUGGCCAAGCACCAGAGACCUGUCCCUUCUUUGAAGAGAUGGAUGCUUUGGUGAGUGCUCGGGUUGCUGCCCCACCCAAUGAUGGCCAGGAAGAGACAGCUUCUUGCCCCAUCCAGGGGACCAGUGAGGCUGAAGCUGAGAAGCAAGCUGAGGAGGCAGAAGAGGCCAUAGAGGAAGAUUCUGAUGAUGAUGAUGAAGAGGAUACUGAGAUACCCCCAGAGGCUGACAUAACUCGGGCUCCAGUCUUAUUCCAGAGCCCCAGUGGUUUUGAGGCUGGAUUUGAGAAUGAAGAGAAUACAAAACGGGAUAUUUCUGAGGAAGUACAGCUGCACAGGACACUACUUGCAAGGUCUGAAAGGAAAAUUCCCCGUCAUCUUAAUCAAAGUAAAGGCAGUGAGAGUGAAUGUAGACCAGGAAGACAAUGGGAAAAGAUCCCAGGGGAGAAAAGAGUAAAACUGACACUCCCAGAGAAGAGUUUGGGUAAAGUCGUAAGUCAUCAGAGACCUUGCUUGGGAGAGAGACCCUGUAAAUAUCUCAGAUAUGACAAAAACUUCAGCCCAAACUCCCUUCUCAUGCAUCAGCUACCCCACCAGCUAGAAAAUCCAUAUAAAUGUGCCGACUGUGGGAAAAGCUUCAGUCGGAGUGCACGCCUUAUUAGACACCAGAGAAUCCACACUGGAGAGAAGCCUUAUAAGUGUCUUGACUGUGGGAAGAGUUUCCGUGACAGUUCAAAUUUUAUCACCCAUAGGAGAAUCCACACAGGAGAGAAACCUUAUCAAUGUGGUGAGUGUGGGAAACGCUUCAAUCAGAGCUCAAGCCUGAUAAUUCACCAGAGAACCCACACAGGAGAAAAGCCCUAUCAAUGUGAAGAGUGUGGAAAAAGCUUCAAUAACAGUUCUCAUUUUAGUGCACAUCGGAGGAUACAUACAGGAGAGAGACCCCAUGUGUGUCCUGACUGUGGAAAGAGUUUCAGUAAGAGCUCUGACUUACGUGCACAUCAUAGAACUCACACAGGAGAGAAACCCUAUGGGUGUCAUGAUUGUGGCAAGUGCUUCAGUAAAAGCUCUGCCCUUAAUAAGCACCGAGAAAUCCAUGCACGAGAAAAGCUUCUGUCAUAGUCAGCACCUAAGUAAGCCCCUGAGGGUAUAUAAAGAGCCUCAAUAAAUGUAUUGUUUGGAAAGUCUUCCAA